GUGAAAAGGCUGGAAUUCAGAUACCUCGGUUUUGUUACCAUGAUCGUCUCUCUGUUGCUGGAAACUGUAGGAUGUGUCUUGUGGAAAUAGAGAAAGCUCCAAAGCCAGUUGCUGCUUGUGCCAUGCCAGUUAUGAAGGGCUGGAACAUACUGACAAACUCCGAGAAGUCCAGGAAAGCAAGAGAGGGUGUGAUGGAGUUCCUGCUGGCAAAUCACCCAUUGGACUGUCCUAUCUGUGAUCAGGGUGGAGAAUGUGAUCUACAGGAUCAAUCGAUGAUGUUUGGCAGUGAUAGGAGUAGAUUUAGAGAGGGAAAACGUGCUGUGGAGGACAAGAACAUUGGUCCAUUAGUCAAAACAAUAAUGACUCGGUGUAUACAGUGCACUCGAUGUAUCAGGUUUGCUAGUGAGGUUGCAGGGGUAGAUGACUUGGGAACAACUGGAAGAGGAAAUGAUAUGCAAGUUGGUACUUACGUUGAAAAAAUGUUCAUGUCCGAGUUAUCAGGAAAUAUUAUUGACAUCUGUCCAGUUGGUGCUCUUACCUCCAAGCCAUAUGCCUUUACUGCACGCCCAUGGGAGACAAGGAAGGUAGAGUCAAUUGAUGUACUCGAUGCAGUUGGAAGCAACAUCGUAGUGAGCACAAGAACUGGAGAAGUGAUGAGAAUCUUGCCAAGGCUGCAUGAAGAUAUCAAUGAGGAAUGGAUAUCCGACAAAACGAGGUUUGCUUAUGAUGGUCUGAAGCGUCAGAGACUUACUCAGCCCAUGAUCAAAAAUGAGAAAGGACUAUUAGUUUAUGCCUCAUGGGAGGAUGUAUUAACUCGUGUUGCUGGUGUGCUACAGGCUGUCAAAGGUAAGGAAGUAGCAGCAAUUGUAGGAGGACUGGUGGAUGCAGAAGCACUAAUAGCUCUGAAAGACUUACUGAAUAGAGUAAAUUGUGAUACGCUCUGCACUGAAGAGGUCUUCCCUACUGCUGGAGCUGGCACAGAUUUACGCUCUAACUACCUGCUUAAUACCAAGAUUGCCGGAGUGGAGGAGGCAGAUGUCCUGCUUCUGGUUGGCACCAAUCCACGCUUUGAGGCACCGCUUUUUAAUGCUAGAAUUCGAAAGAGCUGGCUUCACAAUGACUUGCAAGUGGCCCUUGUUGGCUCUCCUGUGAAUUUGACCUACACAUACGAUCAUCUAGGAGAGUCCCCACAGAUACUCCAGGACAUUGCUUCUGGAAAACAUGCAUUCUCCAAGGUGCUUGACCAGGCCAAAAAGCCAAUGGUGGUGGUAGGUAGCGCAGCACUGCAGCGUGGUGAUGGAGCAGCUAUCCAUGCUGCCGUUUCCACCAUUGCACAGAAUGCCAGGACUAAGAGUGGUGUUGGUUCUGAUUGGAAAGUCAUGAACAUCCUCCACAGGGUUGCAAGCCAAGUCGCUGCUUUGGAUCUGGGUUUCAAACCAGGAGUGGAAGCAAUUAGGAAAAAUCCUCCCAAAGUAUUGUAUCUCCUGGGAGCAGAUUCAGGUUGUAUAACACGUCAGGAUUUGCCAAAGGAUUGUUUUAUCAUCUAUCAAGGACAUCAUGGGGAUGUGGGAGCUCCCAUGGCUGAUAUUAUUCUCCCAGGAGCAGCAUAUACAGAGAAGGCAGCCACAUACGUGAAUACUGAGGGUAGGGCACAGCAGACAAGAGUAGCAGUAACACCUCCUGGGAUGGCAAGGGAAGACUGGAGAAUUAUUAGAGCCAUCUCUGAGUUGGCUGGUAUGACCUUGCCUUAUGAGAACCUUGAUGAAAUACGGAAGCGUUUAGAAGAAGUAUCUCCUAAUCUGGUUCGAUAUGAUGAUGUGGAAGAGGCUAACUACUUCAACCAGGCAAAUGAAUUGUCAAAGUUGGUGAAGCAACAGCUUCUUGCUGAUCCUCUUGUUCCACCUCAGCUCACAAUAAAAGACUUUUAUAUGACAGAUUCUAUCAGUAGAGCAUCCCAGACAAUGGCCAAGUGUGUGAAAGCUGUUGUUGAAGGUGCUCAUGCAGUAGAAGAGCCAGCCAGCUGCUAGAGACUAAUCAGACUGCUACCACUUCCAUCCGAGUAUUUGUUGCAGUUAACUGCUGUGACUGAUUUUUUUUUUCCAAAUCUAUUUGCUAGAUCAUUGUAUUUUUCUUCAUUCACAUUUUCAUCCAUUCAGAUAGCCCUGUAUAGGACUGUUGUGUCUGAGAGAACACGCAGCACUGAACUUACUGUACCCAGAGGCAGAGUACAUAAUGAUUGUACACAAAUAAAUUAUAAUACCAAACAAUCCGUUACCUAUGUGA